AUGGGAACUCAAGCAUCUUCAGUGAAGGCUUCAGAUCCCGUACCUGGACAACCUGAGCAGGUGAACCAGAGCAGUGAGACACAGGAGAUGCAGGGAGGUUCUGUGACUACUACUACAGAUGAAGUUAAUGAGAGUGUAGAGACCAAGCCUGACACACAAAUAAUGUCUCCUGCUAUAGUAGCAUUCUCUGAGAAAGCUUCAGACCCUAUCCUUGAGCAGUUGAACCAGAGCAGGAAGAUACAGGGAGAUUCUGUGACUACUCCUACAAAUGAAGUUAAUGAGAGUGUAGAGACCAAGCCUGACACACAAAUAAUGUUUCCUCCCGCUAUAUUAGCAUCCUCUGAGAAAGCUUCAGACCCCAUCCCUGAGCAGUUGAACCAGAGCAGUGAGACACAGGAGAUGCAGGGAGAUUAUGUGACUACUCCUACAGAUGAAGUUAAUGAGAGUGUAGAGACCAAGCCUGACACACAAAUAAUGUCUCCUCCCGCUAUAGUAGCAUCCUCUGAGAAAGCUUCAGACCCCAUCCCUGAGCAGUUGAAUCAGAGCAGUGAUACACAGGAGAUGCAGGGAGAUUCUGUGACUACUACUACAGAUGAAGUUAAUGAGAGUGUAGAGACCAAGCCUGACACACAAAUAAUGUCUCCCGCUAUAGUAGCAUCCUCUGAGAAAGCUUCAGACCCCAUCCCUGAGCAGUUGAACCAGAGCAGUAAGAUGCAGGGAGAUUCUGUCACUACUCCUACAGAUGAAGUUAAUGAGAGUGUAGAGACCAUGCCUGACACACAAAUAAUGUCUCCCGCUAUAGUAGCAUCCUCUGAGAGAGCUUCAGACCCCAUCCCUGAGCAGUUGAACCAGAGCAGUAAGAUGCAGGGAGAUUCUGUCACUACUCCUACAGAUGAAGUUAAUGAGAGUGUAGAGACCAUGCCUGACACACAAAUAAUGUCUCCCGCUAUAGUAGCAUCCUCUGAGAGAGCUUCAGACCCCAUCCCUGAGCAGUUGAACCAGAGCAGUAAGAUGCAGGGAGAUUCUGUCACUACUCCUACAGAUGAAGUUAAUGAGAGUGUAGAGACCAUGCCUGACACACAAAUAAUGUCUCCCGCUAUAGUAGCAUCCUCUGAGAGAGCUUCAGACCCCAUCCCUGAGCAGUUGAACCAGAGCAGGAAGAUGCAGGGAGAUUCUGUGACUACUCCUACAGAUGAAGUUAAUGAGAGUGUAGAGACCAAGCCUGACACACAAAUUAUGUCUCCCGCUAUAGUAGCAUCCUCUGAGAGAGCUUCAGACCCCAUCCCUGAGCAGUUGAACCAGAGCAGUAAGAUGCAGGGAGAUUCUGUCACUACUCCUACAGAUGAAGUUAAUGAGAGUGUAGAGACCAAGCCUGACACACAAAUAAUGUCUCCUCCCGCUAUAUUAGCAUCCUCUGAGAAAGCGUCAGACCCCAUCCCUGAUCAGUUGAACCAGAGCAGUGAGAUGCAGGGUGUUCAGGAAGGUUCUGUGACCACCUCUACAGUUCAAGUUAAUGAGAGUGUAGAGAACAAGCUUGAUGCAUGUAUCAAGUGUGCAGACCCUGUAUCUGAACAGAGCACCAAGACGCAGGAGAUGCAGGAAAAUGCGACGACCACCCCUACAGGUCUUGUUAAUGAACGUCUAGAGACUAAGGUCAAUGCGAAAAUAUUAUCUCCUCCAGCUAAAGGCCUAGUAGCAUAUAGCAGCAGUAGUGAUUCCGAAAGUGAAAGUGAGGAAAAUGAAAGGAAGGCAGUCGAAGAGUCAAGAGAUGUGACAAUGGAAACUCAAGUAUCUUCCGAGAAGGUUCCAGACCCUGUACAUGAACAGGUGAAGCAGAGCAGUACGAGCCAGCAGAUACAGGAAGAUUCCAUGACCACCUCUACAUAUGAAGUUAGUGAAGGUCCCAUGACCACGCCUAGUGAGAGUGUAGACACCAAGCUUGAUACAAAUAUAAAGUCUCCAUCUAUAGAAGCGUUUUCAGAGGACGCUUCAGACCCUGUCCCUGAACAGGUUAAUCAGAUAUGCAUCGAAAUAGAGGAUAUGCAGAAAAAUUCCAUGACCACCUCUUCCGAUGAAGUAGUUGAACAUUUAGAUACCAAGCUUGAUGCAAAAAUAGAUAUCCCUCCACCUCUAGAAGCAUCCUUUGAGGAGACCCAUACAGUUGAAAUCAGUGAGAGUGCAGGGACCACGCUUGAUGCAAAUAUGAAGUGUCCACAUCCUGCAACUGUACAUGUGAUGCAGAGCACUGAGAUGCAGGAAGAUUCUGCGCCCACCCCUGCAGAUCAAGUUAGUGAGAGUUUAGACACCAAGCUUGAUAUCGAAGUAAAAUCUCCUCCACCGGUGGAAGUAGCCUCAGAAGAGACGGUAGACAAUGUCUCAGAACAGGUGAAGCAGAGCACUGAGAGACAAGAUGUCCAGGAAGAUUCCAUGACCAUCCCUACAGAUAAACUUAGGGAAAGUUUAGAGACAAUGUCAGGUGCUAAGAUAAAGUCUCCACCCCUAGAAGCACUGUUCAGUGCUCUGAAGGAGUCCAGUCUUUGCAAACACCCCCUGUCUGAUACAAUGCGCUCAAAUGUCAAAGAGUUUCUGGAAGUAGAGGAUUCUUUAGAAAUCAUGAAAAAAGACUGUGAUUUUGGUGUGACAGAGAGUAUUGAGUGUACAUUAGACCUGGAGACCCCGAUUAUUGUUGAGGAUAUGGAGAUCGGUCACUGUGUUGUGGAGGUGGUGGGAGAGAAUGGGGAAGAUGUGGAUAUGGAUAGUGAUCUGGAAAUCAUAGACAACUCUAAGGAGGUGCCAGAGAAGACAGUCCAGCUAACCAAAGGGUCUGAAGAUGAGUGUCGUCUAGAUAACAGUGAAGCUGGUACUGAAAAGAAAGGCACAAGUUCCUCUAACCAAGACAGCACAAAUAGUGUCAAGAAGGAAGUUGCCAAAAAGACACAGGGUAGCCCGGAAAAACCUAAGAAACAGCAGAUGAACCCUCAGGCCCGGACUAAAGCCAGACUAGCAGCGCUAGCUGAGCAAAAGGCAGCUGCCUCCAAAAAAGCGAGCAGGCAGCUCAACCUCCUAGCCUUAUGUGAGGAAAUAGCGGACGAUAUCGCCACGGACACCAUGCUAUUAAAGACGGAGGAAGAGGAUGAGCAGGUUGUAACGGUUGAGGCUGAACCCAGUAAGGAGCCAGAAUGCCCACAGCCUUUCACACAGGCUGAGACUGUCCCUAUCCCUCCAACUCCUGCCGGGCCCAAGGAGCCCUCUACCCCAGUAGUACCCGCUGCUGCAGUUUCUGCUCCAGCCAAGCCCCCAGCUCCAGAGCCACCACAGAGACGCUUCUUCAUCAGCCAAGUGACGGUGCCCCUCAAAAUCCACGAGAAGAAGAAGCUUACCAGGUUCCAGAGGCUGCGGCAGGUGGAGCUGCAGCGGGAGAAGAAUAUGUCCUGGACCAUGGUGAAGAAGCUCAAGUCCGAUCAGGCCAAUCAGAAGAUGUUUCCGGAGACCGAGGCUAAACCUGCCCCCCCAUUACUGUCCACUCCAGCAGUAGCAGCACCCAUCCCAGUGACCGCAACACCCCCACCCCCCUCAGCCAGUCCAGCAGCACCCACAGUAGCUGCACCCUGUCCUACCCCAGCCGCAGCCAGCCCAGCAGUAACCCCUAAGCUUGAGCCCCCCAAAGUUGAGCCCCCCAAAGUGACCCCAAGUAAGGGACCCACCCUUAGAAAGAGGACGCUUCCAGCAGUACCCCCACCGAUGCCCAACGGACUGAAAGCUCAGAAGGCCAAGCCUGUGGCGGAGUAUAAGCCUUACAAAGCCAGGCCCAAGUACUCUUUUGAUGACUUUCAACUGGAUGACGAGCCGAAACCCACAGUGCAGAAGGCAGUACUACCGGCCGUGCAGAGGGCAGCAUUGAGACCUACGUCUACCACCAUUCCGAGGGCAGCAGUGACACUUACGACAGCGGCCAAACAUGAGGACUCAAAACCUACCGGCCAGAAGACAGCAGUGCCUACCGGCCAGAAGGCGGCAGUACCUACCAUGCAGAAGCCAGGGGUACCUACCGGCCAGAAGACGGCAGUACCUACCAUGCAGAAGCCAGGAGUACCUACCGGCCAGAAGACGGCAGUACCUACCGGCCAGAAGACGGCAGUACCUACCGGCCAGAAGACGGCAGUACCUACCGGCCAGAAGACGGCAGUACCUACAGGCCAGAAGAUGGCAGUACCUACCGGCCAGAAGACGGCAGUACCUAUUAUGCAGAAGACGGCAGUACCUACCAGCCAGAAGACGGCAGUACCUACCAGCCAGAAGACGGCAGUACCUACCAGCCAGAAGACGGCAGUACCUACCAGCCAGAAGACGGCAGUGCCUACCAGCCAGAAGACGGCAGUGCCUACCAGCCAGAAGACGGCAGUACCUACCAGCCAGAAGACGGCAGUACCUACCAGCCAGAAGACGGCAGUACCUACCAGCCAGAAGCCGGCAGUACCCGCCGCGCAGAAGCCGGCAGUACCCGCCGCGCAGAAGCCGGCAGUACCCGUCGCGCAGAAGCCGGCAGUACCCGCCGCGCAGAAGCCGGCAGUACCUACCGCGCAAAAAAUAGUUGUACCUACCACUCAGAAGACCACACCAACUGUGCAGAAGGCAGUUGUGACAAAACCAACAGUGCAGAAGUCAGUAGAGACACCGACCCCUAUGCCCAGAAAUGGCAAACAUGAGGACUCCAAACUCACUGUACAGAAGGCAGAAGUGCCUAAACCCACUGUACAAAAGGAAACAGUGGUACCUACACUUACCCCUCAAACUGAGCAGAAAGAAGAAGCAUCACCUAUGCCCAAAACUGCCAAAGAUAAGGACUGCAUAGCACCAGUGUCUUCCCCUCCCUUUGAAGAGACCCCACGAGAUUCUGUUGACAAGGAUCAGUGUGAAGAAAAGCCUGCUGUUGCUGAGAUUAAACCGGCAUCCCCAGAGGUCAAGACAGAGGGCACGACAACAACAGAGUCCUCUGACUCUGUGGUCGUGCAAUCAGCAGAUAAUAGCAGUCCCCUCUCUGACGCAUGUCUGCAGAAAGAGAUAAAAAAACUAAAGGAGGCCGACAAAGAUGAAAAUCAAACCACCACUGAUGCAGGGCAGAAGCACUUUGGAGCGGUGACCUGCGGUGUGUGUGGGAUGCUGUAUUCCGCUGCCAACUCGGAGGAUGAGUCCCAGCACCUGCACUUCCACAACCAGUUCAUCAGUGCUGUCAGAUAUGUGGGGUGGAAGAAGGAGAGGAUUCUGGGAGAGUACCCCGAUGGCAAGAUCAUCCUUGUCCUUCCAGAUGACCCCAAAUAUGCACUGAAAAAGGUUGAGGAGAUCAGAGAGAUGGUGGACAAUGACCUGGGCUUCCAGCAGGUGGAAACCAAGUGUCCCUCCCAGACCAAAACCUUCCUGUUCAUCUCCAAUGACAAGAAGGUGGCUGGGUGCCUGAUCGCUGAGCACAUUCAGGAGGGCUACAGGGUGAUCGAGGAGGCGGUACCCGAGGGCUCGGAGGGAGAGAAGGUGAUGUUUGAGCGUCAGAGAGCCUGGUGCUGUUCCACUGACCCAGAGCCAGCCCUCUGUGGCAUCAGCCGCAUCUGGGUCUUCAGCAUGAUGAGACGGACGGGCAUCGCCUCGCGCAUGAUCGAGUGUCUCAGGAACAACUUCAUUUACGGCUCCUACCUGAGCAAGGAGGAGAUUGCCUUCUCCGACCCAACGCCCGACGGGAAGCUCUUCGCUACACACUACUGCGGCACCUCGCAGUUCCUGGUUUAUAACUUUGUCAGUGGGACUCGUUCAGACCAACCAAGUCUUAGCGUGGUGUAAGCAAUCGCAUCAAGGUGGAUUUUUGCUGAGGCCCAGUGAGACUUGCCCUCACCAACUAACCAACCGAUCUCUGGAUCUUGUCGCGGGGACAGCCUGUCACAAGCACAUUGUGGUUCUUUUAGACUGAAGAGUUAAGACUCAGACUGGACUCUUCUGAGGGGGACAUCUUGGUUUUUAAUCUCAGGUUGAAAACAACAACAUGUUGUUUGAAAAAUAUUAAAAUUCUCCCUUUAAUCCCUGCAUAGUAUUUUGAGACAAAUAAUAUUUUUCUUUAUGUUUUUUAAAUAAGAAACAAGCGUUUUAUUGGAAGUAUUAAAGCGUUUACAUGCAUGAAACUUGACAGCAAUAGAAUACAAAGAGCAUUUCACAAUUCAUAGUUUCCAAAAAUCGGAGAGAUACACUACAUUUUACUCAAACGGUUCUAAAACAAUGCUGUGGUCCUGUUCUAAUAAUGCAUUUAAUUAAUUUUAGCCUCUUAAAUCAGGUUAAAAGUUGCUGUACUAAGGUGAAGACUUAUUCCUCUUGUGUAGGGGAUGUUCUUACACACAUCAUGUUCAUCAUCUCUUGGCAUUUCAUGCAGUGAUAUUAUGACCACAGAGGUUCCAUUAUGUGAUGGGGUACGUUACUAAACUCAACAAAAAAAGAAACGUCCUCACUGUCAACUGUGUUUAUUUUCAGCAAACUUAACGUGUAAAUGUUUGUAUGAACAUAACAAGA